CCUCUCUUGGAGUCUAACAGGCAGCGUGUUUUCUAUGUUACGACAGAGACAGAGAGUGUUAGAAUAAGCACACUCCCUUCCACAUGUUUCCUCUUAUUGUUGGAGUAUAAAAUUGCUGAAGGGAGAAAACAUGUUUUAUAUCAACAUAUUAUUGCAGCUGCUUUUUCCAGAUAGUCCAAAGAACGUCAAAAUAUCAGUUUUGCCAUCUGGAAAGAUACAAGAAGGAAACUCACUGACUCUAAUCUGCGAGAGCAAUGCCAAUCCUGCAGUGACAAACUACAGUUGGUUUAUGAUCAAAGAAGCAUACGUCUCUUAUAUAGGAUCAGAUCGUGAAUUCUCCAUCAAAUCUGCCAGUCAGAAGGAUGACGGACAGUACUUCUGCACUGCUAAAAAUGACAUGGGUUCUCAAAACUCUACAGUCACGGCACUGAAAGUUGAAGUGGCCAGUAACCGAAAUUUCUUCCUGACCGCAGCAGCUGUGUUUUUGUUUCUAAUGGCUGUACUACUGUUAGUCAUGUUUGGUCUCAUUAUAAGGAGGAGGAAGCAGUUUACAUCAAAGAAGCAGCCCACAGAACUAUCAAAGACACACCUGCAGUCACUGUCACAGAGGAGAUCUAUGAGAACCUGAGAAAAUCACCAGAGUCUGAGGACAACCUUACCACAAAUGUGCUAUAUGUAGAUUUAAGGCUUGCUUCCUCAACCUCAGACAGACCACCUUGCAGAAAUCAAGAGAACGACACCGUGAUCUACAGCCUUCUUAGUUACAAACACUGAAUGAUGAAUCCUAGCAUUGUGAAUAAUGAGCUUUAACAAGCAGCUGUUGAAUGUAUUCAUAUCCUUUUAUUGAAAACAAUCUCAAAUGUCUAUAGUUGCGAAUGCAUUUAUAACUGAGUACAACAUGAUUAUAGAGACACUCUAUAUAAUGAGUAUGGAAGCAUUAAAGAAAUUAUUUACAUAAUGUACAGGAAAGAUCAAAAACUAUUAAUAAAUCUAUAUGUACAUCUUUCUGCAGGCAUCUGUAUUUACAUCCACAUUUAAUAUUCACUUGAGCAAAACAUUCAUACAUGGUGCAUAAAUGUAACAAUAUAUGAAGUUGAAACAAAUAAAAUGGAAAGUAAUAUCUACUGUA